GCCUCUCAAAGUGCCGCGCUUCCAUCUGCAAGAGUCCUUGGCUUAGAGCUCAGUGGCAAUUUCACACCGCAAUUUUGAGUCAUUUAAUUGAGGAAUAGAAUCAUCUUUGGCCUAUAGCUUUCAUAUCAACGAAGUAGAAUGAAAUUGCCAUCAUGUUGUGUGGGAAGAUCAGGUGAAAGUCUUUACAAUAUUCAGUAGCUCCAGAUAUAACGAGAGGUAAGGUAAGGUAAGGUAAGGCCUGAAAUUGGCCGAUUGUGUGUAACAUUAAAAAAAAUAAAUCGCAUUAAGACUGCUUUACGACGAAAAUUAAUCUAAAUGAGAUGAACCAGAGUAAAUUUUUAAACCCUAGGUAGAUUUUUUGUUAUUUAUAUCACUGAAAUAGAAUACGUAAAAUUUGCAUUUUUGAGUAAAUUUAUUUUUAUUUAUACACCAACGUUUCAUUACUCGUAUUUUAUUAAUUGCGAUGUGUCCAGAAGCAACACCACGUUAACAAAUAAACUGGCUGACCUCCAACCAGCAUUCAAAAACAAAUAUCUCGAUGGAGGUAAUACGAUAAAUAAGAGAGCAAGGUGCAUAAAUUUAAGUAUGGAAAAAGAAGGAAAUUGUGGCGUGAAUUUCAUUUUCUGUUUCGAAAUUUGUUUACGAUUGAUUUUAAAGAUGCCUUCGGCACGGCUUUUCAAACAAAGCAACUUUUGCAUUAAAAGUAACAGCGAUGCCUUACCUCGUGUAUUAAAGCAGUUAUUACUUUUCAAUUAAGCUAAGUUAUUACCAAAGAUCAGUACUUGAACUUAAGUUGAGACGUUUUACCUAAUCUAAUAUCUUCCGGGAUAAAAGAGAAUUUUGAGCUGCUUUGUUAGAUUCGCAUGCGUAAAGAAUUUUGACCAUCCUGGUCUAUAAAAAAUGCGUAUAUUUUAUUCUUGUACUUAAAAGAAGGAUUUCCAUAGAAUACAGCGCGUGGAUAAAAAUUUUUAAGAUACAAGGUUUUUCAAUCGAGUGUUCUCGAAUCCGGAAAAAACGUCGGACUGACUGACUGUCAGACUGAGAGAGUGACUGACUGAGUAGGGGUUGGUUGAUUACUAUGACGCCUACCGCACUAACUACCAGAACACUGGAAGAUUGUAAUGAAAAGGUGAACUCUCCGAUUGGUAUUGCUACCAAAGCCAACCGCUAUGAUGAACUUAACGAAGGACAAACAGCACGCAAACCUAGGUGUAUUUAGCCUUAGAAAAAAGCCUUGAAUAUUGAAACUUUAUCUUUCUUAUCCUAAGUUCUGUGGUAACGUCACGUAUGACGGAUUUACACGAGGCCGCUGCUGUUGGUGAUGCUCAGGCCGUGGAAUACUUGCUGCUUAGCGGUGAGUCAGAUCCGGACGGGGAGGACUGGGACUGGGGCAAAAGGACACCCCUUCACGUAGCAGCCGCAGCAGGUAUGGUGAAAAUCACAGGACAAAAUAUUCGUGACUGUUUGAAUCGUUAGCAUGUGCAACCCGUGAGCUGUGUUUUCGGUGCCUGACGAGAGAUUCUGAAAACAUAAGAUUUGACUCGGGAACUCUCCAAAUUAUGACGACACACUUAUGUAUUAACGCAUAGACAGAUCUGACAGCUAUGAUCGUCAAAAAAGAUCUUAGGGCUUCUCACUUCUUUGCCGAAAAACGGCGAUUUCUUCUCCCGCCUACUCAUGCAACUACAACGUUUAGUAACAUAAUUUUAACAUUAUGAUAACCUAAGCAGUUCGCAAGGGAGGGGUCAAGGUCAAGAAUUUAGCAAGGGACUGUUCAAUCCAGUGGGACCCAUUACUAAAUCAAACGACUUCCGACGGGUUGUAAACGUCUUCAGGCAUCCCUAUUAAUUGAUCGGUCAGGCUGGCUUUCACUAUGACAUUAGCGUAAGCUUACACUGCUGUUCGCAAUCUUCGUAACGCACUGAUCAUAAGUUGUUUUGGUUCAAAUGAGAGGCACAGAUAAUCAUCACACCUUAGAUUGAGUCACCAUGAAAACUAUUAUUCCGGACGCCAAACAUUCUCUAUUUAACUCAACGGAAAAUUGCAACGAAACCGUUCCGUUUUCUCCGAAUCUGCGUCUCACGCGUUUUUUUCCUGUGAUGUACAUUAAGGUCAUUUGGGGUGCGUCGAGAAGCUCCUGGAACAUGGAGCUGAUGGUGAGAUGCGCAUGGCAGGAGGAUGGACGCCAGCUCACUGUGCUGCUGAACAUGGCAGCGUGGCAAUAUUGCAGGCUCUUGCUGAAAAUGGGAUUAGUGUAACAAAAAAGGACAACACUGGAGACACACCGAAACGAGUCGCACAGAUCUAUGGGCACAAGGGCUGUGUAAAAUUUUUUGAAAGGUGAGAAUAGUUUUUUUUUUUGGUUAUUUUGACUAAGAUUGGUCCGCUAUUGCGUGAAACUUAAGGAUCCUGGUUUGACAAACGAUAUUUCCCACUUAAAUAGAAACUCGAGAAAAAACAAAAUAUGCCAACGAAAGUGGAAAAAAAAAGAGGUCCCAGCCGACAAAAACGCCACUUUAGUUCUGUCCUUGAUCUACACGUAGCGUAUUUUCUGCGAUGUACGCCAUUUCGUGAGCCGCAGUGAAGAAAACUGCAAGAGUGUAAAUGUGAACGAAUUAUUGUUUCCAGUGAAAAUCAAUACUUUCUUUGAACUCAAUCUGUGGGUGAUUGAUGGCUUUGACGGCAACCAAUUGAUGCUUCAAAAGCUUGAGUUAAAUGUCAAAUUUCGGGGGCUACGGUUCACAAGGUUAUUAUCUCUUGGGUUCACGCAGGACACUAACAAUAUUAAUGACAGUUAAUACUUCUAUGCCUCGAAACAACAAAAAUACGAGAGGUGAACAUAAUUGUUUUUCUCUAGACUGAAAAGUUUUACGGUACCUGAAAUGGUGUGUAUACGUAUAAGUUCACGACACAAGAAUUAAAGCCUCAUUAAUUUACCAACAUACUUAGCACAUCCUCAACUUGGCGAAAAACUGAUUUUAUGCAUCUCUUGUUCAAUUUUUGGACAACGAAAAAGAAUAAACAGAUGGUUUUCGUUCCAGAUUAGAAAAUAAAUUUAAAGAAGAAAAAACAAAUGGGUCGGAAACUGAGGAUGAAAGCAGGACGACCACGCCCAUCUUCAACCUUGAUAUGAUGAAGAGGCUCGAGACAGAAGCAGAUUCCCAAAAAGGACAGUUAGCAAUGGAAGAAGAAACAAGUGAGAAGGAAAUUGAAAACAAUCACAACUCAAGGGUCACAUUUUUAUUGACAUGAAACAGAAGUGUGAUACAAUCUUCGUGCAUGGUAAUUCUGGGGACUAUAGUUUUGAAACCUCUCCUCAAGAAAACUCAAUUUGGAAACUUGGAAGAGAGAAAAAUACACACACGAAUGAGAGAUGUAGUCUCUAAUGAGAAUGACAGCCAUUGAAUAUUACAGCAGUGUUCACUUUCACAAUACUUUCUUAGAAUCCUAGUGAUACUUGGAAAAUUGUUUUCAGAAUUUCUGGAGGGAAAUGUGAGUGAUUUCAAGUCUUAUCUGUGAAAAAGCCUUCUGGCAGUUGUCUU